AUGGAGCCGGUCCUUGUCUACGACCCUAGAGGACAUAUGGAUCAGCAGCCAUCCGGUCUCCAGCCACAAUGGGACCAGCAGCAUACACUAGACGGUCUGCAAUCUUCGCGUUCCGCGUCCCGUUCCGCACCCUCAGUCCUGUUAGAAUCUCCACUCAUCCAGCAAAUCAUUCUAGAGGACGGUGAUGGGGAUUUAGGGGACUCGGGACAUUCCCACUUGCCCAUGCCGAGAGCUUUAGGAUUGUCCCUCACACCUCCUCGGAUCUCCCGUUUGUUGAGCCCCGGUGCUGCGCUGGUUUCGACCGUCCUCAGGAAAGAUUUGACACAAAGCCCAGUAUCAUCACACUUAGGCUUACGCCUUGGCCAAAAGCGCUCCGGCUCAUCGUUGUCGUCGACCUCAGAAGCGGAUGCCGACCUCAAACCACUUGAAAAUUCCCGUUCAUCAAGCGUCGUGGGCUUAUCUUGGGGUAUCCGCGGCGUUGGAAAGGGGUUUGAUUCAAGCUGGGCACCCGACGAGUCAUCUGAAGGCACCGACGAGGAAGACGAAUACAACAUGCACCUUGAUCCCGAUAGGGAAGACGCCGACCAGAAAUUACGGUUAAAUACCCAUCUCAACAGCUUUACCGCGUUCACAGACCGAGAUACCCUGCUAACUACUGACGACAACACACCGGCUGUGUUUGACGAACCUCUUGCACUGGUGCCUCACGCUACUGAUCUAUCCGCACCCAGCCCUCGAUCAUCUUUGCAACCAAUUGUAAUCCCAUCUCCGGCAUCUUUCCCUAAUUCAAUUUCGGACCCUAAACCCCCCAUCCGUUCGCAGACACUACCCCAAGCUUUUCUUAAUUCAUCUCCCAAUUCUCGUACGCAAUCCCGAUCAUCAUCUAUCUCUCACCCAACAUCACCGCGAACCAGACUGCGAAGGCGAAGCUCACAGAAACGGAUAUCUCUUGUUGCAGGGCGCAUUGUGCCUAUCCCACCGCUCGAGCGUCCGAUCUAUGAUCCAUCGACUGGGAAAGCCCCCCCUGUUUCGAGGUUUCCCACCGUAUCUAUUGCCGAGCCGCCAUCAUCUAAAACCCCGGAUGAUGGUGAUGUAGUAGAAUCUCCAGAGGAGAUUCGACAAAAGUUCAGUGAUGGUCCUCAGGGACCGAGAACGGUCGAUGAUUUCAGGAUUGAGGACGAGGCGGGUCGUGGCGCAUAUGGCCUUGUCAAGCGUUGUAGAGAGGUGUAUGAAGAUGGGAGCUUAGGACCAUUGUUAAUCAUGAAACAGAUCAUCAAGUCGCGAAUCCUUGCCGACUGCUGGAAGAAGCAUCCUGUUCUUGGCACCAUCCCCAUUGAGAUUCACGUUAUGACAGCGUUGUCGUCUUCAAGUUAUGUCUUACCAAAACGAAGGCCUUGGGAUCCAAACCGUUUCGUUGAGGCUAUAGACAAUCAUACCAUGUCUACUUUCUCCCUCGAAGAUCACAAUUCGAAGGCCCUUACUGCACCCUUAGUGUCUACGCUUCACAGACGUCCUUCCUCAAUCUCGUCCAUAGGAUCUAUUGAUGAGAUCAAGGCUGGUGCACCUACAGCAUCUUCGAUUGAUCUUACAGCCCGCCACCAGAUUGAGCCACCCCCGAGUAACUGGAAAUGGCGUGAAGGAGAUAUUUAUAAAGGACACCCAUCCAUCAUACCCCUCCUAGACUUUUUCGAGGAUAGGAAUUUCUACUAUCUCAUCCUUCCUGCUGCACAACCUGCUCUUUUGCCUUUGGCACACCCAAUCAAUCUCCCGCCUUCCCCUACGGGAUCGGACAAGUUCCCAUCGGACUUGUUUGAUCUUGUGGAGAGGUAUCCGUUAGGCUUGCCUGCAGAGUUGAUUAGGGGUUAUCUCGGCCAGAUCGCGGAUGCACUGGCAUUUUUGCAUUCAAGGGCUAUUUGUCACAGGGACAUUAAGGAUGAAAACGUCGUCCUUGCAGAGGACGGCAGAUGUUGGCUAAUAGAUUUUGGAAGCAGUGGUGUGGCGAGGAAGGAGGGAUGGGACACGUUUAGCGGAACACUCGACUAUGCAGGCCCCGAGAUUCUCCGGGGGGAGCGAUAUACAGGUCCCCCCCAGGACGUUUGGGCAUUCGGAAUAGUCGCGUAUGUUCUGGUUGUCGGCGAAUGUCCUUUUUCAACUGCACAAGAGGCAGCUGCCGGUCUUGUCCCUGGGUGCAAUGCCCUCAAAGCUCUGGAGGAUCGUUGUGGUAAGACGCCACCACAGGGGACCAGUUCGCCGAGGCCAAGCAGUUUCAAUAUCAUUGGCAAUCCUGUUGGUGAGACGAACCUUACUGCUGCCCCACUCAUGUCGCCUUCACUCUUCACGACUUCUUUCGACUUCAUCAAGCCCCCUAAAGAGGAAUACAAUACUGAGCGUGAGAAGGCGAAGGCUGAGGAAGGACUGGAGCCGGAUGGAGGUGGACGUAUGGGAGAUGCGGCUGCGCUCAUCAAGGCUUGCUUGCAACUUGAUGUGAAUCGGAGACCAUCGUUCAUGGACAUCAUGGGCUCUCGAUAUCUUGCCGGAGGCGAAGGGUGGGUGGAAGUUGUGGAGAUCAAGGGCGUUCCCAACUCUACAGAAGAAUGA